AUGGCGAAGAGGUCGUCAAAACCUUCGACCUCAUUUCAAACACGACGUUCAACAAGAAUUCUUACAAAAAAAUACCUUCCGCGACCACCGCCUCGCCAACCAGGACCUACAAAUUUCAACACGCUUCCACGUGAAGUUCAAAUGACCAUAUUUGGCAAAGUCGUUGAUGAAACUCCUAGACGGUUGGUAUUAGAUCAAGAAGUUACCAAUUUUCAGCCGCGUCAGCAUCUGCCAGAAUUUUGGACUCUUUUAAGAGUCAAUCGUACAAGUCGAGCUGUUGCUCUCUCUAAUUACAGGCUCCUAUUCGAAGGAGAUUGCCCAUUCAGACCCCAAAAGCAUUACAUGUACUUCAAUCCAGACAUCGACACGCUGUGUGUAUUAGAUUGGUCAAUUCUCAGGUCUUGUUGGCGUUCGGACAUCGAUCUUGAUUUCUCAUCAAUUAAACACGUUGAGUGCGAAACUAAAGACUAUACAUACGUCUUGAGAACGUUCGAUAAUUUAGACACAAUAAAGGUUCAUUGGCCUAUCGCAUACACCAAUUUUGGAAAGGCAUACCCGGAGCUAGAGGUUAAGAUGAGAGAUUUGAAGAAUGAUAUUGAACAGUGGAUCGAGGAAUGGCAUCCUGAAAGCUGUAAACCUGGAGUUGAAGUAGUUCUUUCCGCGGAAAGGAUCGCGUCGUAUAAACGAAAAACUCCAGUACUUAUGAUCCCUUCAGAUUCCGACUACCGGUAUUUAUAUUAA